AUGGCGUGGCAAGAUUACAACCCCUUUAUUAAGCGCGAGACGCACACCUCCAGCUCCAUCCUCACCUACAAGGUCCUCACCCUCCUCUCCUGGCUCCUCUCUGUCGUCGUCUCCGUCUAUUACACCGUCCACGAGCCUCACGAUGGCUUCAACAUCCGCAACCGCGUCUGGGACCAAAACUACCUCUACCCAAGCGCCUUUACCAUGAACCACGUCCUCGCAGACAUUUACUGGAUUGGCCUCUUCAUCCUGCAAAUCGGUUAUAUUGCCCACCUCUUCUCGAGCAAUGCCGACCGUGCCUAUGCCGCCGCCAGUGUCGGCAGCCACUUCAUCCUCAACAAUCUCUUCCACUUUGCCUUUAUCAUGCUCUUCGUCCGCUCCCACUUCCACUGGGCCGAGCUCAUCCUCGUUCUCAACUUCAUCAACCUCUCCUCGCUCUAUUUCCGCCACAACGCCUACCCGCGCUUCAUUCACGCCCCGGCCGUCUCCGGACCUCUGGCCUGGACCUUUGUCGCCAUCUACUGGAACGGCGCCAUCAUGGUACCCCACCAACACAACCUUGUUGCCCGCGUCUUUGGCAACAUUUUCAUCUGGUCUAUCCUGGCCUAUGGCUCCUUUUUCAUCGUCGCCUACAAGGACUAUACCAUGGGGUUCGCCCUCAGCAUCCUCUCUGCCGCCAUUGGCGUCGCCCAGUUCCAGCGCCAGAUCAUUGCCCUGCAGUGGAUCUUUGCUUUUGUCAUCAUGGCCCUACUCUUCGUCAUGACCCUCGCCAUUGCCCUGCCCACCUGGGCUGGACGUGACCUCAAGUGGAGGCGCAACCCGCCCGCCGACCAGGAGCGCGCUCCACUGCUCAACGACUAA